AUGCGAGGGAUUUUGCUCCUCAACUACAUAGCCGUCGUUGCUUUGGCAUCUGACCCCGAAAGCCACAGCCUGGCCAUCGGUCAAGAUGUUUCCCAACUUACCAACCGAGCCUUGCCCAACGCCCCGGAUGGUUAUGCCCCAGUCGAAGUCAAUUGUCCAUCCCCCCGACCGAGCGUGCGCAGUGCGGCGAAUCUCUCCUCGAGUGAGCACGAUUGGCUCAAGUUGCGACAAAAAGCGACCCAGCGCGCGAUGAAGGACUUCUUCGGCCAAGUCCAUAUUGGAGACUUUGAUGUUGUGAAAUAUCUAGACAGUCUGUCGGACAAGCCAUCCAGUCUGCCCAACGUUGGUAUUGCAGUGUCGGGCGGUGGGUAUCGUGCUUUGAUGAACGGGGCUGGUGCCCUGAAAGCAUUUGAUAGUCGCACCGGCAACUCCACAGCAUCGGGUCAUCUUGGGGGUCUGCUCCAGUCGGCCACAUACCUUACGGGUCUCAGUGGUGGUGGAUGGCUUCUGGGUUCACUUUACAUGAACAACUUCACCUCGGUGUCUUCACUGCAGACUGAAACCCUUGGUGAUCCAUGGCAGUUCUCCAACUCCAUUCUGAAAGGACCAGACGACGGUGGCUCUCUUUUGGCGUCUGCCGUGAAGUACUAUGGGCAGAUUCAAGAGGCUGUGUCCGAAAAGGGGAACGCUGGCUUCCCGGUCACUUUCACCGAUAUCUGGGGGCGAAUGUUGUCCUACCAACUCAUUCACGCUUCCGAAGGAGGAAUAAACUACACUUGGAGCUCGAUUGCAGCGACGGAAAACUUCAAGCGAGCCGAGAUGCCGCUGCCCAUCCUCGUCGCCGACGGUCGCAACCCAGGCGAGCACGUUGUUGGAGGCAACGCAACAGUAUACGAGUUCAACCCGUGGGAAUUUGGCUCCUUUGACCCUACUAUUUUCGGGUUUGCGCCGUUGGAAUACUUGGGAUCGAAGUUUGAAAAGGGCGUCGUACCGUCCAACGCGAAGUGUAUUCGCGGCUAUGACAGUGCAGGUUUCGUGAUGGGCACAUCAUCCAGCUUGUUCAAUCAGUUCUUACUGAGAAUAAACUCAACCGAUCUCGGAGAGACUGCCAAAAACAUCAUUCGUGAUGUUCUGGGUAAUUUUGACGAGGAAGCAUUCGACAUCGCUAACUAUACGAACCCAUUCUACCACGCAUCGACCGGGUCAUAUCUCACGGAAUCCCCAUACCUCGCCAUCGUCGACGGUGGAGAAGACUUGCAAAACAUUCCCCUCCAUCCUCUCAUUCAACCGGAAAGAAAGGUCGACGUCAUCUUCGCUGUUGACUCCUCUGCCGAUACCAACAACUGGCCCGAUGGCACUUCCCUCGUCGCGACAUACGAACGCAGCCUUGAGGGGAGGAUAAACAAUGACACUGGAUUCCCAUCUAUCCCAGACCGAAACACCUUCCUGAACCUCGGCCUCAACAACCAUCCGACUUUCUUCGGCUGUAACACCUCUAAUCUGACCGGGACUCAGUCAAACUCUCCUCUUGUCGUGUACAUCCCCAAUUCGCCUUACGUGACACACUCCAACGUUUCGACCUUUACAAUGAGCUACAACAGUACAGAGCGGGAUGCGAUCAUCCUCAACGGUUAUAAUGUCGCCACUAUGGGCAACGGAAGUCGAGACUCCGAGUGGUCAACUUGCGUCGGCUGUGCCGUGCUGGGUCGCUCACUUGGUCGUACCAACACUACCGUGCCAGCGGCAUGCACCCGGUGCUUUGAGCGAUAUUGUUGGAACGGAACUGUGGAUGCUCGCACACCUGCCACAUACGAUCCGAAACUAGUUCUUGCCGAAGUCAGUGUGACUAGCAAGGCGAGUCUGGUCGUCGCAUCUCUCGGAUGGAGUUUCAUGGCCCUCAUGUUCACAUUCUUAGUUGUCUAA